AUGGCAGUCGAACAGUCCAGAGAUACAACAGAUCAAAACACUGCUGGUCCUCAGAGUGCUCUUGAAGCACUGAAAGCUUUCAAAGAAGUACAAGAAAGAAGGAUUGCUCAUUGGAAAGAAUAUGAUGAAGCACUAGAACAUUACGAGAGAACAAAUUUAAAUGCAGAAACUAGAGACGAUGCUGAUGAAGAGGAAGAAACGACAUCCACCUCUCAAACACAGCAAGUACCACAUCGAUGCGGUCCUCAACCUGGUUCGCAUAGCUCAAACGGAACAUCAGCAUCACAUAAUGAUCACUAUCAUUCUGUCGCACUUCCGAUGACUGACGAGAUUUUCAGUAAGAUUCUUUCUUUAGUCACUUCUGGUUUGUUGGAUUGUUCACAUUCAGCACGUACGAUUGAAACAGAACUGAGGACGGCGCUGCAAAGACCUGAUCUUGCACGAAUGGUUGGUCAAGUACAAGAUCAUGAGAAUUCAGUAUUGAGAAAGAUCGUUGAAAGAGAUCAAACUAAGAGAAUAGCCAAAUUGGAAGGAAGAGAUUUGAAUGAUGCCAUUCAAUUCUCAAACCAGCAGAUCAAUCAGGCAAGAGAACGUAUUCAAGAAAGCAUGGAAGAUAUUGCUGCCGAAAUGGCUGAAUUGUAA